GCUACAUGUUCCACGGGAUAUCAUCAUGCCACGGAGGCAGAAGAGCUAGCGAAUCGCGUCCUGGAGUUGAGGAAAGAAUGGCCGACGCCACAAUGGGGCCCGUAUGACGAAGGCUCCAUUGGAGUCUUGUCGUAUUAUCCUGAGCAAGUACAACGAUUGCGAAUCGAAUUGCGCAAGCGUCGGCUCUUCGACGUGUCCGUCGAGAGGGUGUUGAACGUCCAAGGCAAACAAUUCACUGCAGUUUUUAUCAGCACAGUCCGAACAAGAAUCUCUGAUAGAUCGUCUGCGGAAGUAAAAAUCAAGGAUUACGGCUUUUUAACGGAUCCACGCUUAUUGAAUACCGCGUUGACAAGAGCGAAGUGUUUCGUCGCGGUCGUAGGCGAUCCGGUCGCUCUGCUUACUAUAGGUUGCUGCAAAGAUCUCUGGAGAAAAUAUCUAGAAGCGGCUGAUUUGUACGGGAUGGACCGAAAAGAAUUGCAAACGCAUCUGAAUCAAGUUUCGAAAAUCCAGAUCUCGCCUUUGAACCCGCACGCGAGGGAAUUUAUCCCUAGAGCACCGCCUUUAUGUUUUGUGCAGUAUAUUCAAGUACCGAUUUUUUAUCCAGUAUGUUACCCCCCACAACGGCCAAUGUAAUAAUAGCAUAGUAUGAAAUCCGAGAAUUUUUAUCGAUUAUUUUGUGACACGGCCGUCCGUUUCACGAGUCUCGAAACCAUCACGUUUCGCUGGUACUACUGUCAGCACUCUCUUCGAUCGUAUCGAUCGCGCUAUAAAACGAGAAACUAUAUUUAAACUUCUCUACGUGUGCAUUGAUUUUACAAUUUUUCAUUUGUGCGAUGGUAUGAGUGUCUAUAUAAUAUGCAUAUGUAAAUUGUGUAUGUAAAUUGUAUGUUAGUUUAUCUUUAUUAAGAUGCAUAUCAGAAGCGUUUUAUUGACGUGGAAGUAUAAAUCUCUUUUUGAUGUACGAAUGAAUAUUAUCUACUAAUGAAUUAUUAAGAGAAAACCUCGAAUAUAUUUCGUAUUAACGA